GCUGAGUGAAGUGUAAGGGGUCCCAUGAGAGACACGCCAUUUAGCAAUGUAGUUGAAUGCAUACCACCUAGUCAUCUCUCAGUCUCCUCUGGCCACACCUCCUUCUUUGAUCAGACGCGUUUACAGGCUUGCCUCUGAUUGGCUAGAAGACUGGACACUAUUUAAAGAUCAGAUAAUGUGAGUAAAAGCUAUUGUAGUGGGUCUGCUGGAAAGUGACUUCUCAAGCCUUAGUUAUGGACAUGAAAUUUGUGGUCUCCCAAGUGAAGGUCAAGGCUGGAGAAUGCAUCAAACUGAAUGGGAGCGUGAUGCCAGAAGCAAAGAGCUUUGAAGUAAACAUUGGUCGGAACGCCGCCGAUCUGAUCCUUCACUUCAACCCACGCUUUGAUUCCCGUGGAGAUACCAAGACCAUUGUAUUGAACUCCAUGUCAUGUGGCGAAUGGGAUGAGGAGUUACGGGAGUCUCUCUUCCCUUUCCAGCAGGGAGAAGAAACCACUAUCUCCAUCUCCUUUGAUGAAAAAGAGGUGAAAAUCAAACUUCCUGGAGACCAGGAGCUCAGCUUCCCCAACCGGCGAGGACUAGACUCAGUUGGAUUUCUCUCAGUGAACGGAGACUUUAGGAUGAAAUCCAUCGAAUUUGACUGACUUCAGUUGUGUUCUGUUCUACUAGAACAUCUGCAAAUAAUAAUAAAAAAACUUGUUAGUCA